AUGGCGGACCCGCCGCCACUGGGGCCAGGGUUUGAGGGCUGCCGCCGCCGGCGCACCGCUGGCCUGGCGCAGCUCGCGCCGCCGCCUGACGCGUACUUUGAGCGCGUGGUGGGGCUUGUGGAGGAGCUUGUGCAAGAGCAGCGGCAGCGGCAGCGGGCGGAGCAGCAGCGGGUGCGACAUGUGGGAGGGCAGGAGCAGCAGCGGAAGGCGCAGGAGCAGCACCAGCAGCACCAGCAGCAGCCAGACGCGCCGCAGCUGCCAGGGCGGCAGCCAGCCGGAGACGGCGGCGCCGGCGCCGCGCCCCACCAGGGUGCGGAUGCGGCGCUGCUGACCUUCAUCGUUCGAGGGGGGCUGCAGCUGCAGGCCGCCAGGGCCUACUCGAGCAGCGAAAGGGACGCGUGGCUCAGCGCCGACGCACGGCGGACCCAAGCUCUGGAUGCACGACUGCGGGCACUGGCGCUGGAGGAGGCCGAGGCAGAGGGGGGCGCGGCGGCCGUCGAUGCGCUUGUUGAAGCUGCCCGCUGGGACGUAACGGCCGCCGCGGCGCGGGCGGAGCGCGCCGAGUUGAGGGCAGCCCUGCGUGAGCUGAGGCGCGCCGCGGCGCCGUGCGUGCCGCCGCCGCGCGUGCAGCGCCAGCGGCCGCUGCUUUCAGCGGCGCAGCUGCUGGAGUGCGUGAUGGCGGCGCUCGCGAUUGGCCAAACAGGCCGCGUCGAAGCGCUGCUGGCGCUCGCAGGCCGCAUCGGCGUCGAUUGGCUCACGCUGCCCGACCCCGACUGUUCUGUCCGCGGGCCCAUUCCCGAAAGCGUACCUCCAGGCCCCUUAGUGUUCAUCCGCUGCGCCGGCUGGCUGCUGCGUGCAUGGGAGUGGCGCCAGUGGCCGUUGAACAGCGUGCUGUGGGCGGUCGACAGCGGCUGGCUGCCGCCGCAGGCCUUUGUGCAGCUCUUAGAACAGCUCAACUUCAUCCGUGACAACUGGGGCCCCGGCCUGGCCCUGGCCGGCAGCCGGCGCGUCGUGGAGCUGUCAGAGCCGCUGCUGCCAGCGGUGCGCCUGUGGGUGCUCGCCAAGUCGCUGCUCCUCUGGGCGGUGCGGCAGCCGCACGGGGCCGGCGUCCUGGCGCUGGGGCGAGGCGGCGCCCAAGUCGGCGGCGAAAGCGGCGUCGGCGAAGGCGGUUGCCGCUGCUCUGACGACGCCGGCGACGACGCAGGGUUGGGCCUGUUUCAGUUGGUCGAGUUGCUCGAAGACGCGGGGCACGUAUCACACGCCCAGAGCCUCCAAUUGUUCUUCGAGCGGCACAAUCGGCACCAGCCGCCCCAUAGCCACCAAGUGCACCAGGUGGCUGAGGAGUUUAGACUAUGGGUGCGGCGCCACCCUCUACGCGGGGCGCCGUCGGCGGCGGCACCUGCGGGCGGCGAGGCGGGCGGGGGCGGCGGUGGCUCUGGUGGCGGCUGCAGGGAUGAGGAGAGCGGCGGGGUGCCCGGCAGCGGCUGCCUGGACCCCAUCGGCAGCGAGCAUGUGACCGACCCUGCGCCAGCGGAUGUCGUGUGCAGCUUAGACCCCGCGAUUUUCAACAUGCCAGGCUCGGACGCCCCCGCGGCCGGCCGCGCGGCCGCACUCCGCGCCGCGGCAGCGUGGCUGCGUGGCGCCCUCACGCGUGAGGCGGCGCUCUGUGAAGCCAUGCGGGCCGAGGUCGGCGCAGGCGUGGAGCGCCGGCCGCCCGUCGUCCCUGCGCGGUGCGGCUGGCUGCCGGGUGCAUAUGGCUCCGCUUGGCUGGCGCCGCAGGAGCACUGGGAGCUGCUGCUUGCUGCGGCGGAGCGCCGCGACAUCAAAACGCUGACCUUGCUUGCGGCCCUCGGCCAGCCAGACGACUGCUCUAUUGCCUCGGCGGCGGCCGCCAACGCGCUCGCCGCCGCCGCCGCCGCGGGCGCGUUUGGGCUGCUGCCGGGGCUGCUGGCGCCCCUGGUUGCCGCCGCCGAGGCUGAGCGCGCCGGGGGCGGCGAGGAUAGAUGGGAGCGGGGCGCGCUGCUGCGCGCGAUCGAGAAUGCGCGGCCACUGACGGCUGCGCGGGACGACGCGCCGAUUGGAGAGGUGGUCGAUGCCGCGCUCCUGCUGCUGCGCGCUGCGGAGCACGCAGGCAGCGCGGAGGGCGAGCGCGUACUGGCGGUCGACUGGCUGGGGCCAGAGGCGCCGCGCCUUCCCGCGUUCCCGCCGACUGCGUACGCAGCGCUGCGCGCGCCGGCGGGCGCCGGCGGCGUCGUCACGGCGCGCGUUAAGGCGCUGCUGCUGCGCAUGUGGCGCGACAGGCUGGAGGCGGGCGAGGGCGCGCCGCCGCCGCCGCCAUUUGGCGCAAGGUGGGCGCGCAAGGCGACGUUCCAGCUGGUGGCCAAUGCGGGCGGCGGCGGGGACCCUGACCUGAUGUUUGCGGCGGUGCAGUGGGCGCGGCAGAUGGACGAGUGGCGGACGGCCGUGGCGGGCGGGGGCGGGGGCGGCGCGUAG